CCGACUCUCUCUUAUCAUUUGUUGCUUUCUUAUGGCAUCAAUCCUCUUCAUGAUCUCACAAGAAAUGGCUGCACAUAGAUUUUUAGCUGGAGAUCUAAGUGGCACUGGACAGAGCAAAGGUGGAACGAAACCACGUACCUCACCCACUGCUCCAAGCGAAGGCCAGAUGAAUUCUCCAACUCGGGGUGGGACAUAUAUAUCGUAUCAAGCUUUGAAGAGAACAAGUGCGGUUUGUAAUAACAGAGUGUACACCGGCAACUGUACGGUUGCAAGAGGAAAUGGCGUCUACAAUCGAUCAACACCCAAGUCACCUUAAUUUUGUUGCUGCCCUCUAUUUAAUUAGAUUUUGGUGAACAUGCAUGCUCAUUUUGUAACUUGUUCCUCUCUAUUUUGAUUUGGCCUAUUUUGUUGCUCCUCUUUUCGCACUGUUCUGUAAGUAUUUUUUUGUACUCCAGGUUCCAAUUAUAUUACUCCAUCUUGCCGACAAAAAAAAGAAGUAGAAUAAUAAAAUAAACAGAGGGAUUUCUA